ACAUGCAGGUCACAUGAUAAUCCAAGAUGGCGGCGUCGACACCUGGCAAUAAUCAGGAACAUUUAUAUAAAAUAUUGGUGAUCGGAGAAUUUGGAGUAGGAAAGACUUCCAUCAUCAGAAGAUAUACAGAAGGAACAUUUUCUCCCAACUACAAAUUAACAAUUGGUGUAGAUUUUGCAUUGAAGUCUAUGGUUUGGGAUGACAACACAAAAGUCAACAUGCAACUUUGGGAUAUUGCAGGACAUGAACGGUUUGGACACAUGACAAGAGUUUACUACAAAUAUGCAAUUGGUGCAAUAAUCGUUUUCGAUCUAUCCAGACCUGCUACGUUUGAUUCGGUGCUUAAGUGGCUAAAUGACGUAAAUUCUAAAGUGAUGUUAGCCAAUGAACAACCAGUGCCCGUCCUGCUGCUUGCCAAUAAGUGUGACAUAGAAGGCGCUGAACCUGACACAAGCAAAAUUGACAAGUUCUGUAAAGAGCAUCAGUUUAUUGGCUGGUUUCCUACCUCCGCUAAGAGUGAUACCAACGUCAGCGAGGCAGUGAGGUUCCUUGUCAAACAUAUCCUGGAGCUACCAAGCGAGAGUCAGCAGCCUACCGAACACAUCAGUUUGGCCACAGAAAACAACACCUCGCAUUACGAUGACUCGUUCGAGACGGAGGAGGGCUACAACAAAAGGAACAACAAGCAGAGUGGAUGCUGUAGUUGAUAAAAACUUUUAUUAGAAUGUGGAAUUGGGAACUAACUGUCUUUUCCUAAACAGCAGUAUUUGUGUGAGAUAACCAUCAAUAUUAUAAGAUUCGAUUCGGUUUUUUAAAGUAUUAAUGCUGAGUUCUGUGAAAUCAUGUACUUUUGUGGGGCAAACUUUCGUGGUUUCCCGACAAAACACCAUUUCGUGGGUACAUGAUCGUGAAUUACGUGUACUUACUCAAACGUAUAAAUGUUUUAUAUCAAACUUGUAAUUACUUCGUGGACCCAUGAGUUUUUGGACGACAAUAACCCAUAAAAUCAUCGAAUAAAAAUAAAACCCAUGAAAAAAAGUGAUUGUAAAGUAAGUAAUUACAGAUAUUUCAAUAUAAACAGUGAAUUUGAUUCCAUGAACUGUGAUAUACCUAACGUGGGUUGUAUUUUAUACAAUAACUGUACCACCGUAAACUUAUAUAUACUGUUGUAAAUGAACUGUGUUGAUCUCGUCUGAAUUAUUAUUAUGCUAUUGUUACUGAUUCAUAUACGUAAUCACGUCAUGGGGCGUUUUCGUACGUAUGGAAAAUUCCCUGCCCCAGUAAUAAUUUUUUGUUUCUUUUCUGUCAUAAAACUUCAGCCUCAAGCUCUAGUCUACAUUUUAUAUUCAAGCAAUAAUGCACUGAACUUAUAACGAAAAGUUUCUCAUUCAUGUAGAUCAAUUAAUUUUAUAAAGUGGUUCAUUGUAUGUUAUGCCCGUAUCACACAUAAUACGGACAUUUCGUGCAUGGAGUGGCACCUUUACAAGUUGUUGAGGAAGCCACUAUAGCUAUUCGUGUUAGGUUAGAUACAAAUUGUUGUGAACUGAAGAGCUGAGUUGAGAUAAUUGACAUUUUCUUCCCUUUUAAGCUUUGCAUAUUAAACAUCAUUUAACUAACUUCAUAAACUAUCUAAUAAUCGCCAAUUUGACCAAAAUAGUGUGCAUGGAUAAAUUUCAUUAUAUAUAUACAGGUAUAUUUAUGUUGUCAGGCGAUCGACACAUUUUGUAAAAGACUAAAUACUCACUGGCUGUCCGUAUUUGACUUUUUUGUUUUUAUUCAACUAGAUUAUUCAGCUUUAUCAAUUAAUUAUCCUUUAUUUAUUGCAGUGGCUGUGAACACAAGUUUACUUGUGUAAAUGUCAAUAUAGUUUUAUAAAUCUAAAUAUAAUUAAGUGAUUUGUAAAUAUUUUUAAUGAGUUUAUGUAUAAAUGUAUAAAGCCUAAUGUUACAUUUAAAGUAUCAUGGUUUGAUGAAUCAAUUUGUUUAUAAUGAAACUUUUGCUUUCAUUUGAAGAUCGUACUCGGGGCACAAAUCUAUUUUUAUUAACAGAAGAAAUCCGUGCUGUUAUUUUUGUACUGAUUUUGUUGCGAAUGCAAGGGAACCUAUAGUGUGGACAUUUUGCAUAUGAAAUGUGACUAGUUUUAUCAAUAAUAGUAUUGUGUGUUGUUUAAUGUAUAAUUGACCGCCAGAGUAUUAUUUGUAUACGGCUGUUAUUUUUAUAGAGGUUCAUCAAUGAGCUAUGGUUGUUAUCGAAUUGACUCUCUGACGUUGAUUAAUUUCCAUUUUUUUUAAAUGAACAUUAGUGAGUGAAUUUAAUGAUAACCAACGUUAAUUAGUCAAAACAUUUGUUUGUCCCAUAUUUUUCUUUUUUAAUCAUAUCAUGUUUGUUUGGAUUUUAUAAGUGAUCUGUCAGUCGUACCCUUUCGACUGUUCAGAGCUGUAAUGCAAUUUCAUUAAUCUGAUAAAUAUAGAAAACUGUUCAAUUUCUUUAUCAUACCAUAUUUUAUUUCACAAUCAAUCCAUUUUUAUCACUAACAAUUACGACAAUAAAAUGAAUAACAAUUUAUUAAAGCGUCCUUUGCGAGAAACUACUUAAUUGCCCGUAGUUACAUGAGAGUAGUUCACUCACUGACACAAAACCUUAACAGAUCGGAGAAGUGACCUAGAGGAGACUCCAUUGCUGUCGACUGCAAUGUGAUAUCUCCCGCUCAACUAACGUAACGCUUUAAGUGUUUUUCAGGAUUUGGUCCGUUACUACUAUACAGGCUUAGUGAAAGUUACCCACCGCUAUGUGUAAACAUUCGUGUUAGCACCCUGCUACUGUAUAUCAGUUAAGUAACACGUUAUUAGUGGAUAAAAAUAUAUUGUUUGCUUUCUCCAGACACAUGACAGAGGAAUUCGCUGAUAAUUCGUAAAUGCAACGAAAGAGAAAUUUUGUAAAUGAAACAAAAUCAUCAUGGUUGAAUUAAAUGUGUUACUGAUAUUCCUACUCAGGUCGGGGGCUAGGGCAAAGUCUUCCUUAGGGAAGUGUGUGGGUGCUACUUAUAUCUUUUCUGUUACGAUAAUCAUCUUAACCAUGUUAAACUUUGUUCAAGCUGCUGCAUGAUGAAGUAUGGAAAUCAGACAAUAAAAUUCGUUCUAAAUAAUUGUCUGUAUGACUUGUUUUAUUGCUCUUGUUUAACUUUUUAAUGUGCUAUAUCAGGAUACAUUCAGAUUUCCUAACAACGAUUUGAAUGCUGUAGUUUUCUGAAUUAUCUAGUUUUAAAUACAGAAA